AUGCCGCAUUUUGCGUUGGCGGAGCGAGUAGUUCGCACAAAAGUGCUUCGCGUGGUGUCGACUUUAACAAUUUUUUAUAUGUCAUCAGCAAUGGUGAUAUCACACACCGUGUUGUCACCUUCGCUUCCCACCAACGUGAUGACCAAAUCAUCUUGUACCGGCGUACUGAUCCGACGAGCUAGAACAGAGCGCGUUUCGCGAGAAUCUGGACUGGUUUUUGACAUCAACGCAAACCUUUACCCAAUCCGGGACGGCUCAAAAUCGUUCUACAUGUGCGCAGCACCCAAAACAGGCUGUUCACAGUGGAUUAUGUUGUUGAACUAUCUAUUGACCGGUCGAAAGUUCCACUCGGGCAAUGUGCAUCUUUCACAAGCGCGACAGGCAACUGUGCUCAACUUCACAUCUGAGUCUACGUAUGAUACUCUGAAUGACUUUAACGUUCCUCGAGUACUGGUGAUGAGGGAUCCAUAUGAUCGCGUGGUUUCGUCAUAUCACGAUUUUCUUCGAAGAAAUACUGAUAGUAUUAAGCAUAAAAAUGUCACGUUCGAACAUUUCGUGAAAUACUUCGUCUCGCCAACUGCAGUCCGGCAAUCCUGGGACAAGCAGCCACACGACCAUCGCAGUCCCAUCACGGCUGGUUGCAAUAUAUGGGACAAGGACAAAAAUACUUUCCUACUAGAAUGGGACUUCAUUCUCCGUCUUGAAGAAAUGAUCUUAUGGUCGGAAUGUUUACUGAACGAGCUUCAAUUACAAAAUAUAGUUCGACGUGGAUGGCGAACACCUACAGGACGGUUAUUUAAAAAAGGAAUUGAUUUGUCCGCCAGCACAGAGAAUAGCGAACUCGCCAAACGAAUUAUCAAUCAUCUUCCCUGGCCACAUAUGCGAGAAGUUAUAGUCGGUCACGAAUCUAUCAACCAGCCCAGUAGAGAGCUGUACACUGCGGAAACAGUAGACAUAGUGAACCAGGUUUUCAAGGUUGAUUUCCAAGUGGGAGGCUAUCCUCUGUGGGAUGGAGUACUGUGA